CAAAGCUCACGACUCCAACCACUAGAAAACGCCCUUUCUUACGGUGCUCCCGGGCCAAAUCACUCGAUCAGGCUCGCUCAGCAGCUGGCCGGCGCGGCGCGGCACGCACGCGCUUCGACGCGGUCGCCGAGCUAGCCCCGCGCUGAUAAGAACGCCGGGGCCCGUGUUCCGUUCGCUUGCUCUCCCUGUCUCUCGCCACAACGCUCGCGCACCAACGAGAGACGAUAUACGUGCGCGACGCUGCUAGCUUGCGCGCUCGCGGGGUUCGGUGAUUGGUUUGCUCGAGAAAGAAGAGAGAGAAAGAGAGAGAGAGAGAGAGAGAGCUAUCGUCGGCGUACUACUACGCGGUUGGGUAGGAGAUGGCGGGGGGAGGGAGCGAGCGGGACCUGCCGUAUACGCCGACGUGGGCAGUGGCGCUCGUGUGCACCGUCAUCGUGCUCGUCUCCGUCGCCAUGGAGCACGGCCUCCACAAACUCGGCCAUUGGUUCCAUACGCGGCAGAAGAAGGCUAUGUGUGAGGCGCUCGAGAAGAUCAAAGCAGAAUUGAUGCUGAUGGGCUUCAUAUCCCUGCUCCUCGCCGUGGGUCAAACGCCCAUCUCCAAGAUAUGUAUCCCUGCCAAGGCUGGCAGCGUCAUGCUACCGUGCAAACCGAAGAAGGACGGCGAUAGCGACAGCGACGGCGAUGGCCACCGGAGGCUACUCUGGUACCCUGGAGAAGAGGUCAAUCAUCGUCGAUUCUUGGCCGCCGCGGCUACGGACGACUACUGCGAUAAAAAAGGCAUGGUGCCCCUGAUCUCGGGGAAAGGUGUUCACGAGCUGCAUAUAUUCAUCUUUGUGCUCGCUGUGUUCCAUGUCGUUUACAGCGUAGCGACAAUGGCUUUAGGGCGUCUGAAAAUGAAGAAAUGGAAGAAAUGGGAAUCAGAGACGACCUCACUGGAAUAUCAGUUCGCAAACGAUCCUUCACGAUUCCGAUUCACCCAUCAAACAUCGUUCGUGAAGCGGCAUCUGGGCCUCUCAAGCACCCCUGGAGUCAGAUGGAUAGUGGCAUUCUUCAGGCAAUUCUUUGGGUCUGUCACCAAGGUGGACUACCUGACCAUGCGGCAAGGCUUCAUCAACGCGCAUUUGUCGCCCAAUAGUAAAUUCGAUUUCCACAAGUACAUCAAGCGGUCGUUGGAGGACGACUUCAAAGUCGUCGUUGGCAUCAGCCUCCCGCUGUGGUUUGUUGCCAUCUUUAUACUAUUCCUCGAUAUACACGGACUUGGCACGCUCAUUUGGAUCUCUUUUGUUCCACUCGUUAUCCUCUUGCUAGUUGGAACCAAGCUAGAGAUUGUCAUCAUGGAGAUGGCCAAAGAAAUACAGGACAAGACGACUGUAAUCAAGGGGGCACCUGUUGUUGAGCCAAGCAACAAAUUCUUCUGGUUCAACCGGCCUGAGUGGGUCCUGUUUCUCAUACACUUGACACUCUUCCAGAAUGCAUUCCAGAUGGCACAUUUCGUUUGGGCAUUGCUCACCCCUGGCUUGAAAGAAUGCUACCACGAAAACUUGGCCCUGAGCAUCAUGAAAGUUGUGGUGGGGCUGGCUCUUCAGGUCCUCUGCAGCUACAUCACCUUCCCGCUCUAUGCGCUCGUCGCACAGAUGGGCUCGCACAUGAAGAAGACCAUCUUCCAGGAGCAGACCGCUAAGGCGGUGAUGAAAUGGCGGAACACGGCCAAGGAGAGGGUAAGGCAACGGGACGCAGGGUUCGACGGGUUGGUGAGCGGCGACACGACGCCGACGUCGCCAAGCCGAGGCAACUCGCCGGUGCACCUGCUCCACAAGCACAGGGGGAGGUCGGAGGAUCCCUGGAGCGCCCCGACUUCGCCGAGGCGGGAGCAGGAGCUCGGGGACAUGUACCCGGUGGCCGAGCAGCAUGGACUGCACAGGCUAGACCCUGAGAGGAGGAGGGCGGCCUCGUCGACGGCAGUGGACAUCGAUAUUGCCGACUCUGAUUUUUCGUUCAGCGUUCAACGGUGAUGGGAAUGGGACAAGUUUCUGUAACAUGUUUCCUUUUUCUGUAUAGCAAGCACAGGAGGAAAUAUUGACACAUUAGGGAAGUUUCGUUUAUUCAAAUAAUAAUAAUAAUAAAGUGGAUAAGUUUGUGCAA